CUCUAUCUUACUUUAUUUGAAAGAGGAAAGCCAGUGAGGACCCGUGAGCAAUCCAGCAGCUUCUGAAAAAUCUUCAUGCUAAAGCAUAAUCCAGAAUUCCCUGGAGAAGAACAUAGUGAAUGUUAAUCCAGAGGAGCCGUCAGAGAAUCGUGCUCACGGGGAGAUGAUUCCUCAUGAAGUCACUGGAUCCCUUGCAGAAAUCAAAUGUGACUUUCCGUUUAUCAGACUGAAAUCAGAGCCAGCCAGACAGUGAAGCAAGCACAGUGGAGGGGGGACGGCGAAAGAUGAAAUCCAACCAAGAGCGGAGCAAUGAAUGCCUGCCACCUAAGAAGCGAGAAAUCCCUGCCACCAGCCUGCCUUCGGAGGUGAAGCCGGUCCUGCCAAACGAAAACCACCGUGCGGAUAACCUAGCAUGGCUCCCCAGCACACCUGGCAGCCAGGGCGGCCUGGGGGGCCGGCACCGGCCCGGGGGGACGUCGUCGGUGGAGGCGGGCUUGCAGCAGGGUUUGCACAAGUCGCUGUCUGCAGGGCUGGACUAUUCCCCACCGAGCGCACCCAGGUCCGUUCCAGCCUCCACCACUCUUCCCACGGUGUACUCGCCCGCCCUCUCCCAGUCAGGGACCCCCGUUUCCCCCGUGCAGUACACACACCUGCAGCACACCUUCCAGUUCGUCGGGCCCCAGUACAGCGGAUCGUACACCGGAUUCAUCCCCUCACAGCUGAUUUCCCCAACAGCCAAUUCUGCGACCAGCGCCGUGGCAGCGGCCACGGCCGUUGCGACCACUCCAUCCCAGCGCUCCCAGCUGGAGGCUUAUUCCACUUUGCUGGCCAGCAUGAGCGGCUUAAGCCAGCAGGGCCACAAAGUUGAGCCGCACCUGGUCAGGACACCUGGACUGAUCGCCGCUGGGUCUCCUCCACCCACCCAGCAGAACCAGUACGUCCACAUUUCCAGCUCUUCCCAGAGCACUGUCAGAAACGUCUCUCCUCCAACCAUCCCGGUCCCCCUGCACCCCCAUCAGACAGUGAUCCCGCACACCCUCACCCUCGGCCCUUCCUCCCAAGUGGUGGUGCAGUACACCGACUCGGGGGGCCACUUCGUCACCAGGGAUCCCCCCAAGAAGCCUGAGAGCAGCCGGCUGCAGGCGAUGCAGGCCAAGGAGGUACUGAACGGUGAGAUAGAGAAGAGCCGGAGGUACGGCAUUUCGCCCUCUGCCGACAUGGGUCUAGUCAAAGCAGGCAAUAAACCAGCUCCCCAUCAUUACGAGACCAGGCACGUGGUGGUCCACUCGAGCCCCGCCGAGUAUGGCGCGCGGGAUUCCUCAGGUGUCCGAGCCUCCAUCAUGGUGGUCCCCAACAGCAGCACGCCAACGGCGGACAUGGAGGUGCAGCAGGCCACCAACCGCGAGACCUCUCCUUCAACCCUCAACGACAAGGGAAGCUUGCACUUAGGAAAGCCAGCCCACCGGUCCUACGCCUUGUCUCCGCAGCAGGCUUUGGGCCACGAGGGGGUGAAGGCAGUGGCCACGCUGUCCCCUCACACCGUCAUUCAGACCACCCACAGCGCCUCCGAGCAGCUCCCUGUUGGGCUGCCGGCGACAGCCUUCUACGCCGGGACCCAGCCACCGGUGAUCGGCUACCUGAGCGGUCAGCAGGAAGCCAUCGGGUACCCCGGCAGCCUGCCGCAGCACCUGGUGAUCCCUGGCACACAGUCCCUGCUGAUACCGGUCGGCGGCGCGGACGUCGAGCCGUCAGGAGUCGCGCCUGCGAUCGUCACGUCGUCUCCCCAGUUUGCAGCAGUGCCUCACACGUUCGUCACCACCGCCGUCCCCAAAAGCGAGAACUUCAGCGCAGAGCCCCUCACCACCCAGCCUGCCUACCAGGCCGCCAUGGUGCAGGCGCAGAUCCACCUGCCCGUGGUGCAGUCCAUCGCUUCCCCCGCCGCCGCGCCUCCCACGCUGCCCCCCUACUUCAUGAAGGGGUCGAUCAUUCAGCUGGCCAACGGGGAGCUGAAGAAAGUAGAGGACUUGAAAACAGAAGACUUCAUACAGAGCGCGGAAAUUAGCAACGACCUGAAAAUAGACUCCAGCACUGUGGAGAGGAUUGAAGACAGCCAUAGCCCAGGCAUUGCCGUGAUACAGUUUGCGGUUGGGGAGCAUCGAGCACAGGUCAGCGUGGAAGUCUUGGUAGAAUACCCUUUUUUUGUAUUUGGACAAGGCUGGUCAUCCUGCUGCCCCGAGAGAACCAGCCAGCUCUUUGAUUUGCCAUGCUCCAAACUCUCGGUGGGGGACGUCUGCAUAUCUCUCACACUCAAGAACCUGAAGAAUGGCUCUAUUAAAAAGGGCCAGCCCAUGGACUCAGCUAGUAUCUUGCUGAAGCAUUCAAAGAAUGACAGUCUAGCUGGAAGUAGACACAGGUAUGCGGAGCAGGAAAACGGGAUUAAUCAGGGAAGCGCACAGAUGUUAGCUGAGAACGGUGAACUGAAGUUUCCGGACAAAAUAGGAUUGCCUGCAGCACCUUUGCUCACCAAAACAGAACCCAGCAAGCCCCCCGCAACAAGGAAGAGGAGGUGGUCAGCCCCCGAAACACGAAAACUAGAGAAAUCAGAAGAGGAGCCACCUUUGACUCUUCCCAAGCCUUCUUUUAUUCCUCAGGAGGUUAAGAUUUGCAUUGAAGGUCGAUCCAACCUAGGAAAGUAAAAGUUGUUUG